AUGCAUUUACGCCUACGGGGUGUGCAUACUACCGCCUGCCGGGCGGGUGUAUGGCACUUUGCUGGGCAAUGGGGAUCCCAUGCCUCCCAGGGCCGCGUACGUCCUCUCCCCAUCACGGCGGGGGGCUUGGCUGUCGCCUCGCAGUCGCAUGCCCUUGUUGUGGAGGGACCUGAGGCCAUGCACCUCUCGGGCCAAAACGGCCAUGGCCAAUUGGGACGACCAGAGGGUCCAACCGACACGCUCUGGGCUCAUACGCUGGCACACCUCCACGUACAAUUAGCCGGUGCCGGCUUGGGUUUUACGUGGAUCGUAACUCCACAGGCCCUAAGCGCUUGCGGUACCAAUACACGUGGGCAGAUAGGCUUGGGAGCUAAGGUCCAGCAGGCGGGCAUAUUUACGCAAGUGCCGCUGCCGGCCCCUGUCUGUCGCAUUGAGGGAAUUGCCGCGGGGCUAGAUCAUACGUUAAUUCUUGCGCAUGUGGAUCAAGCACCUCAUGCUGCAGGUACGCAGCAGGUAUGGUCUUGUGGUCUGAAUACCGAUGGGCAAUUGGGCCGCCCUGCCUACAUGCGGUAUGCGGACCAUCUAGGUGCUGUCGAGGUAGACAUCCCUGCGCAGGAGCGUAUUGUCCAAGUGGCUGCGGGUGGUGAUACCUCGGCCAUUUUGACAGAUAUGGGCCGCGUAUGGGUAUGGGGCAAUAACGAGUACGGCCAGGGCGUCGCGUCAUCGUCGGCAGAUCAGCUUCGGAGUCCUACGCAGGCUGACGUACCGCCCUUCAUUCAAGAAAUCCAGGUGGGUGGUAGUUUUAUGCUGGCUAUGGAUGCAAGCGGCACAUUGUACACGACAGGCUACGGCGCGACAGGCCAUCCGUACCAGGGAUGGCACCCUCUUCCAAUGCCAAACCAACGUCGCGUCCAGCGCAUUGCUGCCUCCACAAGUUAUGCGGCAGCGAUUACGGAUGACGGUUCGUUGUAUGUCUGGGGCCUCGACUCCUUCCAUGGCCGCCUGGGCCUGGGCCUACGAGCGGAUCGACGUGUGUAUACCCCUACCAAGGUGCCACUCUCUGGCGCAGCGGACAAUGUAGUCUGUGGUGGCGAGACCAUGUUGGUACGCAUGGUGUCGUAA